AUGGCAGUCCGUAUAAAUAAACUUGCUAAGACAGCAGAUCGUAAGAAAAGGGAAUCUGAAGAUCUAAACCAGAAAUCUGACACACUGCAAGAUAAGCCCGAGGCUGAACCUGAGGCUGUUGAUAAAGAAGAUGUCAAAAUUCAAAACAAUGACAGUGUCAGUGUCAGUGCUGAUGAAAAAAAUAAUACGAAAGAAGAGCAAAAAGAGCCAGUGCCAGAUCAUCAAGAAGAUAAUCAACCACAAGAUGGCCCUGAAGAAGAACUUCAAGAUCCUGUAAUUGAGAGCGAGAAGAGUGAUCAAAAUAUUUUUGAUAAAAAGGAAUCUAGCGAAGACAAUGCACUAGACCAAGAAGAAACCCAUGGAGUGAAAAAUGAGGCAACUGAAAAUGAAGCAUCUGAAAAAGAAAUUGAUAAAUUAGAAGCUCAAGAACCAGAAGAAAAUAGUAAGGAAGACUCUUCGGUGGAUAAAGAAAGCCACAUUAUUGCAGAAUUGGACCCAAAAGAGUCAAAUAUUAUGAAUAAAGAAGAGGGUUCGGAAGAAGGUUCAAAUAUUCAAAGGCCUGACUCCUGUGAAGUUAUCCCGAAGAUAAAGCUGAAUAAGGUCAGUAGUGAAAAAUCAUCACCUGAGAAGAGCUCUGAGCCUGCUAAAGUAGAGCCACCAAAUCAGGAGAACGAAGAUGAUGCUGAUUUAAAAUCAUAGAUAAUGCCUAAAAUAAUUAACUCAA